AUGCCCAACACAUCCCUUCGACGACCAAAACAAGGCUACCGCCGUGGCGGGAAGGUUGCCUACCAUGGCCCCCGAACGAAGACCUUCGCGGCCACGUCCAACGCCCGAGGUGAAGCGACGUCUAUGGACGAGAAAUGGGAACGGACUGCCCUUGCGCAUCAGAUCGAUGAGAACAUGGGUUUUGCGCGUUAUGAUGCAGGGAAGAAACGUGAAGGCUGGCUGGUGAACAUUCAGCCCACAUCAAUUGAUGACCCCCGAGUACCCGGCGGCGGGGGUCGGGCUGCCCUGGACUGCUAUUUCAUUGAGGAGGAUGGCGCGACAUUCAAGGCGACGGUGGAAUAUGAGCCGUACUUUGUGAUUGCCUGCCGCAAAGGGCACGAGGGCGAGGUGGAGGAGUGGUGUAAGAGGGUUCCCGGAGGCGGCGUCGUCAAGGGUCUCAGGCGGGUGGAGAAGGAGGAUCUCAACAUGCCGAAUCACUUGCUCGGGUACCGGAGAACGUUUGUCGAACUUAGGUUUCACAAUGUUCAAGAUUUGAUGGCUGCUAGACGGGAUAUCAUGCCCAUUGCUGAGAAGAACAAGAAGGGCAUGGAUGCGAUGGACACAUAUGCCGAGGUCGCAACAGCGAACGGUAACUUUGAUCUUUUUGAUGACGAGCCCCGGACAGACGAUCGACGAAACAACCCAGCAUUAACCGAAGCGAGCGAUUUUAUUGUUGACAUUCGGGAAUACGACGUCCCAUAUCACGUACGAGUAAUGAUAGACUUGGACAUUCGAGUCGGUAAUUGGUAUUUUGUGGAGGCGAAGAAUGGAAUAACGACAAUCCUUCGCAACGGAGAGCGAUUGGCGCCUGCAGAUCCCGUCGUCAUGGCCUUCGAUAUUGAGACAUGCAAAGCUCCCCUGAAGUUCCCCGAUGCGGCUGUUGACCAGAUCAUGAUGAUUUCUUAUAUGAUUGACGGUCAAGGAUUCCUUAUCACCAACCGCGAGGUUGUCUCAGAAGACAUUGACGACUUUGACUACACGCCAAAACCAGAAUACCCAGGGCCUUUCAUGAUCUUCAAUGAACCCGACGAAAAGGCCGUUCUGGAACGGUUCUUCCUGCACGUCAAGGAGGCACGACCGACCGUUAUUGCCACAUACAACGGCGACUUCUUCGACUGGCCAUUUGUGGAAGCCCGUGCCAGCGUCAACGGCAUAGACAUGUACCAUGAGAUUGGGUGGAGGAAGGACAGCGAGGAUCAGUACAAAUGCAACUACAGUGUGCACAUGGACUGCUUCCAUUGGGUCAAUCGUGACAGUUACCUUCCUCAAGGGAGUCGUGGUCUCAAAGCUGUCACCGUCGCCAAACUCGGGUACGAUCCCGACGAGCUUGACCCCGAACUCAUGACGCCAUACGCCAGCGAGCGCCCACAGACACUUGCCGAGUACUCCGUCUCCGACGCCGUGGCGACGUACUACCUGUACAUGAAAUAUGUCCACCCAUUCAUCUUCUCACUCUGCACCAUCUUACCGCUCGGGCCCGACGACACUCUGCGAAAGGGUACCGGAACGCUUUGCGAGAUGCUUCUGAUGGUCCAGGCAUAUCAAAAGGAGAUUGUGCUCCCAAACAAACACAUGGCCCCAAAAGAAGCUUUCUGGGACGGCCAUCUGCUGGACUCGGAAACAUACGUUGGCGGGCACGUCGAGAGUAUCGAGGCCGGCGUUUUUCGGGCGGAUAUUCCCGUGAAUUUUGCUGUUGAUCCAGGGGCGGUUGACGAACUACUCCAUGAUCUGGACGCUGCCCUUACGUUCAGUAUCACGGUCGAGGAAAAAAAGUCCAUGGACGAUGUCACCAACUACGAGGAAGUGAAACAGCAAAUAGCAGCGAAGCUGCUGAACCUCAAGGAGACACCAAACCGCAACGAACAACCCCUCAUUUACCAUCUCGACGUGGCAUCCAUGUAUCCCAACAUCAUGACUACCAACCGGUUGCAGCCUGACUCCAUGAUCUCAGAGUCAGACUGCGCGGCUUGCGACUUCAACCGGCCUGGGAAGACCUGCGACAGGCGCAUGCCGUGGGCGUGGAGAGGCGAAUACUUGCCGGCGAAGCGGGACGAGUACAACAUGAUCAGGCACGCUCUGGAAAAUGAACGAUUUCCAGGCAAGUUCGCCAACAGUCCGGUGCGCUCAUGGCAGGACCUGAGCCUCGACGAACAGACCACUCUCACCAAGAAGCGGAUGCAGUUGUAUUCACAAAAGGUUUACCACAAGAUUCGCGACUCGACGACCAUCGUGCGAGAAGCCAUCAUUUGCCAGCGCGAGAAUCCUUUCUACAUUAACACUGUGAGAGAUUUCCGUGACCGUCGGUAUGACUACAAGGGCAAGGCGAAAGUCUGGAAAGGCAAGACAGACGCGUUGAAGAGUUCGGGUGCGGCUGCCUCGGAGGUCGAGAGCGCCAAGAAGAUGAUUGUUCUGUUCGACUCCCUGCAGUUGGCACACAAGGUCAUUCUAAACUCCUUUUACGGCUACGUGAUGCGUAAGGGGUCUCGGUGGUAUUCCAUGGAAAUGGCUGGCGUGACCUGUUUGACAGGCGCCACCAUCAUUCAGCUGGCGAGAUCACUGGUGGAACGACUGGGCCGUCCGUUGGAACUCGACACAGAUGGUAUCUGGUGCAUGUUACCAGCGACUUUCCCAGAAAACUUCGCCUUCAAGCUAAAAAAUGGCAAGAAGUUCACAAUCUCCUACCCUUGUGUCAUGUUGAACCACCUGGUUCACGCCAAAUUUACGAAUCACCAAUACCAGACGUUGGUCGACCCCACAACCUUCAAGUACGAGACACACAGCGACAACUCGAUCUUUUUCGAAGUCGACGGGCCUUACAAAGCGAUGGUCCUCCCUACUUCGAAAGAGGAAGACAAAAAUCUGAAGAAAAGAUACGCUGUCUUCAAUGAUGACGGCACUCUGGCAGAACUGAAAGGCUUCGAGGUCAAGCGAAGGGGUGAGCUGAAGCUCAUUAAAAUCUUCCAGCAGCAAAUCUUCAAGUUUUUCUUGGAGGGCACGACUCUGGCUGAGUGCUACGGUGCUGUCGCCAAAGUUGCCAACCAAUGGCUUGAUGUGUUGCACAGCAAAGGCGCGACACUUGCCGACGAGGAGCUCAUGGAACUCAUUUCCGAGAACCGCAGCAUGUCGAAGACGUUGGAAGAAUACGGGAGCCAAAAGUCGACCUCCAUCACAACAGCCAAGCGUUUGGCCGAUUUCUUGGGCGAGGGUAUGGUCAAAGACAAAGGUCUGAACUGCAAGUUCAUCAUCUGCGCGCGGCCCAAGGGUGCUCCUGUCACGGAGCGUGCCGUGCCAGUCGCCAUUUUCUCCGCUGAGGAGGAAACGAAGCGCUUGUACCUCAAGAAGUGGCUGAAGGAAGAGCCCGCGGACACCGACCCUCGAGCCCUCCUGGACUGGGAUUACUACCUUGAACGUCUAGGGUCUGUCAUCCAAAAGCUCAUCACGAUUCCGGCCGCGCUGCAAAAGGUCCGGAACCCGGUGCCGCGUGUACCGCACCCAGAUUGGCUUCAGCGCCGGAUCAACAUCAAGGAUGACAAGAUGAAGCAAAAGAAGUUAACGGAUCUGUUUGGGACAUCCAAGAAAGGCGGUCCAUUGGAAGAAAUUGCUACCCCCAAUAGCAGCCGUCUAGGCGAUCUGGAAGACAUUGGGUCGCUUCUGAAGCCCAGAACCGUCAGCUCUGCCAUCUCUGCGUCCCAAAAGGCCCCAUCUUCGCAGAAGCGCAAGUCUCCCGAACCGGCGGAAAACCAAGACCCAUUUGCGGCGCUGCCGAAGAAAAUGCCGUCUCCCAGCGAGGACUACCCGGAGUUUUUGGAGUAUCAAAAAUUGAAGUGGAAGCUCCAAAAGCAGGCUCGCGCGCGACGGAGACACUUGUUUGGUGACAGGCGUAAGAACAUCCAAGGGAACAUCCAGCAGACGUUCAGGAAUCAAGCAGAGAUUACCUUCCGAAACACCUGGCAGGUCCUCCAGCUUCGGGCCUCGGACAAUCCCGGCAUCGUCCUUGCCUAUGUGUUGAUCGACGGCAAAAUUCACAACGUCAAGGUCAACGUUCCUCGCCAGGUGUUCCUCAACCUUAAAAGCAAAGAGUUACCGGAUAUUGAGGUUAACGGUUGUCAGGUAGAGCAAGUCUACCAUACCCUGCCCAACGGCCACUCGUCUGUCCAUCUAUUUAAGCUCAGCGUUCCCGAGGAGACCUAUUUUGCAGAAGCCGAGAAGUUCUCGUUGUUGUUCAACCACCCCAGUGUGGAAGGUGUGUACGAGAAGCAGCUCCCGCUCAACCUUCGGGCGGUUCUUCAACUUGGCAAUCACUGUACCAUUGAUGAAGGCCAGCCUGGCGUCCUCGGCAAAGGUCUCGACCACGGAUUCGAUCUUUCCAGCUUAACCAAGCCUGCAAAGCCAAAGCCUUACUUGGAUGGAGCACGCAUGUCAUACAUAUACCUCUCCCACAUCAGUGCGGGCGAGCGCCAGAUUUUCGGUCUGUUUUCCACCACCGGCGAUCAGGCGCAUAUCAUUAUCCAACAAAAGAGCAAGGAUGGUGGCCAAGAACUGCCCAACAUCUCCAAGUUGUACUUGGAUUUCCUCGCACGCCGGAGCCGGGAAGAGGGUGACGACUCCAACUGGCAAGAAUGCUUCACAUACCAGGAAAAGCUGGCGUUCAAAGUCACACAAGUGACGACCCGCCGAAAGGCGUUCCUCGAAGUUGGUGAUGUGGUGAAAAAGAUGAAAAAGGAUGAGUCGGGGCCGACCAUGAUGGUGAUUCAGUCAUCACAACGCAACCUGCUGGUUCACGAUAUCCCGAUCCUUGGCGAAUUCCCUGUCCUGCCGUUACGGUACGACCAGGCUGACAGCUCGCUCCCCCCGCUGGGUUGGCAGACCGUGGUUGCUCGGCGUCUGGUGAACCACUACCUCAGUCUCGGGUCUUGGAUCAACCACCUAAUUGCCCUGGCCAAAUACGGGGACGUCCCGUUGUGCAACUUGGAGCGUGACGAUCCUCGGUUCUUGAUCGAUGUCGCUUAUGCUCGGCGGCUACAGGCUAACAAUGUUGUUCUCUGGUGGUCUAACAGCCCGCGGCCCGAUCACGCUGGGUAUGAGAAGGACGAUGUGGCCGGCCCGCUGGAGCAAGUCCAGCUCCCAUCUGUCAACAACCCCGGCACCUUUGCCUCCGUCUGUAUCGACCUUGAAGUUCGCAACCUCGCCAUCAAUACCAUCCUUACGUCUUCUCUCAUCAACGAACUAGAGGGCGCCGACGGCAUAUCGUUCAACCCAGCCAGUGACGGCGCUGCGGAUGGAAGUGAGUCAUUGUUCUCAGAGAAUGCAUUCGCCAAUGCCGGCGUCCAAGUCCUCCGAGAGAUGGUUAAGUCUUGGUGGGCCGAAGCCUGCAAGGGCUCAACGAUGGCCGAUGUUAUGGUGCAACACCUCGUCCGCUGGGUCGAGUCGCCAGCAUCAUGUCUCUACGACCGAGCGCUGCACUACUACGUGCAGAUGAUGAGUCGCAAGGCUCUGCUGCAGCUGAUGGCGGAUUUCCGGCGGGUUGGCUCGCAAGUGAUCUUCGCAAGCCCCAACCGUCUGCUGCUGCAGACCACCAAAUCCGAGGUUGGAAACGCGUAUGCGUACGCCCAGUACAUUCUCAAGAGCAUCAAAGGCAAGCCCCUGUUCCACUUUAUCGAUCUGGAGAUCAAAGAAUACUGGGACUACCUAGUGUGGUACGACGAGUUCAACUACGGCGGCAAAGGUUGCCAACAGGUGAUGGAACGGGAUGAACAAGACCUCCAGACUAUCAUGCAUUGGCAGAUGGCUGCGUUCCUCCCCGUCCGGCUCCAGCCCAUCUUCCGGGACUGGGUUGUCGAGUUCGUCGAGCUGAUGCACGGCAUCAAGCGGCCAGCGACAGGGAGCGAUCCCACCGCAACUCCCCGACUGACCCAACUCCCCAUCCGGAAUGGCAACGCGGGUCUGGCCGAGGACGCCCCCGGGCAAAUCAUUCUUGGUAAGGUCUUCGAGAAGCCUCUCAAGAAGGAAAUCACUUCUCUCAUCGCCACGCAAAAACGCGAACUCCUUCACCCGGAACUCGCGGCCGACUACAACUUCCCAUCUCUCCCUGGCUCUCACCUGUCCCAUCUCACCCCGCAAUCCGCCUUAUCGCACAGCCGCAACGACAAAAACAACAAAUCCAGCAGUACCGCCAACCCCGUCCUUGAACUCGUCAAGUCCUUGAUGCAAGUCCUUUCCCUGGACAAGAACAUCACUCUCGAGGCCCGGCUCCUCCGCAAAGAGCUCCUUGCCCUCUUCGAUGUGCGCGAGUUUUCUCGCGACGGGGCGUUCCAGAACCCCUCCGAAUCUCUCCGCCUCCCACAAGUCAGCUGUGACAACUGCACGAUGGCGCGUGAUCUCGAUUUCUGUCGCGACGAGGACCUACUCCCCGCCUCUGCUAACGGCGGCGGAGCCGAUGCGGAGGACAAGGGCUGGAGCUGGCGUUGUUCGUAUUGCGAGGCGGAGUAUGACCGCAACGAGGUGGAGGAGCGGUUGCUUGGGGAAGUGGAGGCACUUGUCUUGCAAUGGACGACGCAAGACUUGAAGUGUGCGCGAUGUGGUGCGUUGAGGGUGAAUGAGUUUAUGGAACACUGUACUUGCAGUGGUGAGUGGAAGGAAAGUGUGGGCAGGGGAGAGGUGCUGCGGAGAUUGGGGGUGUAUGGGAAUGUCGCGAGGUUUUAUGGGUUGAGGAUGUUGGGAGAUGUGGUUGAGGGUGUUUUAGGGGGGUUGUAA